AUGCCUCUGCGUCAGCAGAUUGAGCUCCACAAGAUAGAGGAUGAACCUGAGGACCCAGCAGAGGCCCAGGACCUGGUGGAGACCCAGCUGCAUUGGGGUGAGGAGGAGUCCACACCCUCCUCGUCUUCCUCCUCCUCAGUCUCCUCUUCCUACUCUGUCCUGUUCCUAGAAACCCUGGAGGAGGAGGCUGAUCCUGAGACCCCCAGUCCCCCCCAGGACCCUCAAGGUGUCUGCCCCUCCCCUGCUCCUGUGGCCCCCACUCCACUGAGCCAAUCCAAAGAUGAUGCUUCCGGCAGCCAAGAUGAUGAGGGGCCAAGCCCCUCGCAUGACCAGGAACAUGCCGAUGCUUCCCAGUCAGGCUCUCUGCAUCUGAAGGUGGCUGACCUGGUGGAGUUCCUGCUUCUCAAGUAUUGUGCCAAGGAGCCCACCACCCAGGCAGAGAUGCUGAGUGUGGUCCUCAGAGAUGCUCAGGACCACUUCCCUGAGGUCCUCAGCCAAGCCUCCGAGCUCAUCCAGCUGGUCUUUGGCUUGGAUGUGAAGGAGGUGGACCCCAGUGAGCACACCUACGCCCUGGUCCCCACCCUGGGCCUCACCUGGGAUGGGGUGCUGAGUGAUGGGCAGAGCCUGCCCAAGACCGGCCUCCUGGUGGUGCUCCUGGGUGUGAUCCUCCUGAAGGGCGAGUGCGCCCCUGAGGAGGAGGUCUGGGGAGCCCUUGGCAAGAUGGGGGUGUGUGCCGGGAGGGAGCACUGCAUCUAUGGAGAGCCCAGGGAGCUCCUCACCCAAGUGUGGGUGCAGGAGGGGUACCUGGAGUACCACCAGGUGCCGCACAGCAACCCCGCCCACUACGAGUUCCUCUGGGGUCCCCGGGCCCACGCGGAGACCAGCAAGUUGCAAGUCCUGGAACAUAUGCUCAGGGUCAGUGAGAGGGAUCCCAGGUCUUUCCUAUCCUUGUCUGAGGAGGCCGUGAUUGAGGAAGAGGGGUCCUGA